CGUCGACCACAACCCGGAAGUGAUUCCUGGACCGGAAGUGGCAUCACGACCCUCUCCCGCCUCGGGCUCCGGAAAGGGAUGCAGCUGCCGCCGGGGCUGCUGGGCCGCCUGGGCCCGGGCCCGGCUGGGAGCCCCUCUGGGUCGCCCCCGCUGCCCGUGCUCCGCCAUCCGGCCUCCGGGGCCGCCCCCUUCCGCUUCUCACCGCUGGCCCAGAGCCUGCCCCGGAGACACCCGUUGUUCGAGGACGGGGACGUGCAGAGGCACGCGUACUUGCAGGACGUCAUCACGCAGGUUUCGCAGGUGCCGGAGCGCCCCCGCGUGGCGGCCUUCGGGUGCCACGUGGCCGGCUGCCAGCAGGAGUUCGCCAGCCUCGAGGCCUACGAGCACCACUACCGGGCGCUGCACACGCACGUGUGCUCCGUGUGCCGGCGCUCGUUCCCCUCCGCACACCUGCUGGACGUGCACAUCCUUGAGUGGCACGACUCGCUCUUCCAACUGCUGGCCGAGCGCCAGAGCAUGCACCAGUGCCUGGUGGAGGGCUGCCCGGACAAGUUCCGUAGCAGCCGCGAGCGCAAAGAGCACCUGGUGCGGGCGCACCGCUACCCGCCCGACUUCCGCUUCGAUCAGCCCCGGAAGGCCCGAGGGCCGAGCCGGCUGGCCUCGGGGGAGGAGGCCAUGGAGGUGUGCCCCGGGGAGGCCCCGCAGCCGCCGCUGCCGCAGGCCUCAGAGCUGCGAACCUACAGCCACAGGAUCCCUUCCACCAUCUGCUUUGGCCAAGGGGCCACUCGAGGAUUUAAAAACGCCAAGAAGAGAAGUAACCAGUGACCCCCGCUGAGCGCCUGCCUGCGCCCCCUGCUGGGGGAGGGGCACUGGACAGAAGCCCCCGAGGUGCCGCCGCCCUGGGAUCUUGCAGCCACUUAUGGGAGCCUGGAAACCAAAGAAGAGUGAGGGGCCGGAAAGGGAACCCCGAAGGACAGGCCCAGGGGCAGCCCGGGGCUGCCGCUUCCUCCCUCUGCAUUUAUCCCUGCCUCCUGGGGCUGUCAGACACCUCCAGCCAGGCCUCCCCCACCCCAGGACUGGGGGGGGGGGCUGCCUCCCAGAGCAGCCAGGCCUGCUUGGGCCAGGUACUUCUCCCUCCUCACCCAUAAUAAAGUGUGAAAAGAAGC